AUGGCUGUCACUCGAGACCGUGGUAUCCGCAUAGCAAUAGAUAGAGGAGGUACAUUCACCGAUUGCGUUGGAAACCCCGGGAGUGGAAAAAUGGAAGAUGACAUAGUGAUCAAACUCCUUUCGGAAGACCCGUCCAAUUACGAUGAUGCCCCUCUCGAGGGUAUCAGGCGCAUGCUGUCCAGCUUCACUGGAAAGGAAGUACCUAGGGGGGAGCCCCUGGACACGUCAAAAAUUGAAAGCAUCCGUAUGGGUACUACUGUAGCCACCAACGCGUUACUGGAACGAAAAGGUGAAAGGAUUGCCAUGGUCGUCACCAAAGGUUUCAAGGACUGCCUCGAGAUCGGUAACCAAUCAAGACCAAAAAUCUUCGAUCUGGCUAUUCGGAAACCCGAAGUCCUUUACGAACAGGUAGUCGAGAUUGAUGAAAGGGUGACACUUGAGGAUUACGCAGAAGACCCGGAGAGGCACAUCACUAAGACCGAUGACUCGACCGCUGAGGAGGGUCUCGUACGAGGGCUGUCAGGAGAAGCUGUCCGGAUACUUAAGAGACCGUCCAAAGACACAAUCAAAUCACAACUACAAAAUCUCUAUGAUGAUGGCUUCCGCAGCAUUGCUGUUUGCCUUGUCCAUGGAUAUACCUUUCCCGAUCAUGAGGCGAUGGUUGGGCAAGUGGCCAAAGAGAUCGGCUUUGAACAUGUCAGCUUGAGCCACGAAUUGAUGCCGAUGAUCAAGCUUGUUCCACGAGCUACCUCUGCAUGUGCUGAUGCGUAUCUGACGCCAGCGAUCAAAAAGUAUAUUGCAGGCUUUCAAGCAGGCUUUGAAGGUGGCCUAGGCACAGAAAGUGUAAAGAAGGAAAGCGGUGCUAAGGGAGCACGCUGCGAGUUCAUGCAAUCGGAUGGAGGUCUCGUUGAUGUCGAUCUUUUCUCUGGCCUACGAGCAAUCUUGUCUGGUCCAGCGGGUGGAGUAGUAGGUUACGCACUGACUUCUUACGACUCAAAUACCAGGACACCUGUCAUUGGAUUUGAUAUGGGAGGUACUAGCACAGAUGUCAGCCGGUAUGGUUCCGGAAGGUAUGAGCAUGUCUUCGAGACUACAACAGCCGGUGUGACCAUCCAAUCACCGCAGCUCGACAUCAACACCGUUGCUGCAGGUGGUGGAUCUCGACUGUUCUUCCGUAACGGCCUAUUUGUGGUUGGUCCAGAGUCUGCAGGAGCACAUCCCGGGCCUGCAUGCUAUCGAAAGGGAGGUCCACUUACUGUCACCGAUGCCAACCUUUUCUUGGGUCGCCUCCUACCUGACUUCUUUCCCAAGAUCUUUGGAAAGACAGAAGAUCAAGGCCUAGAAGCGAUUGCCAGCGAGAAGCUCUUCAAGAAAUUGACUGAAGACAUUAACAAAGAGAUUGCUGGAAACGACAAGGAGAAGGAGAUGAGUCCGGAUGAAGUCGCUUAUGGGUUCAUUAAAAUAGCUAAUGAGACGAUGACUAGGCCAAUCAGGUCGCUGACCGAAGCUAAAGGAUACGAUACUUCGCAACAUCGACUGGCUACCUUCGGAGGUGCAGGUGGUCAGCAUGCAGUUGCGAUUGCCGAAAGUCUUGGCAUCAAGCAAAUUCUUGUCCAUCGGUACUCCUCAGUGCUAUCCGCCUAUGGGAUGGCGUUGGCGGAUGUUGUAGAUGAGAGCCAGGUACCAGACUCUAAGACUUGGUCUGAUGAAGGAGAGGUGGUGGACGAACUGAAGAAGACGAUGCACGACUUGAAAGAGAAAUCGACCGCAAAACUUCGAGACCAAGGCUUCUCUGAUGACAGCAUAGUCUUCGAGGAGUACCUAAAUAUGAGAUACAGAGGCACGGAGUCCCCUCUAAUGAUGGUGAGACCCAGUGAAGAAGAGGCAAAGAAAGACUUCGGUGGCAAUGACUGGGCGUUUGGGAAGGCAUUCGUCAAGCAGCACGAACAGGAAUUUGGUUUUACGCUACCAGAUCGUGACAUCAUAGUGGACGAUGUUCGCGCCAGAGGCAUCGGUAAGAGCUUCGAGGGAUUGGAGAGGACAGUCGACAUGCAGCUGAAGGACAUUAAACCGAAGGAUUUGGGCGAAGGAAAACGGUACGGUGUAUCCAAGGUCUACUUCGAAGGAGGACGCCAAGAAACUCCAAUCUACAAACUUGAAGAUCUUGACAUGGGCGAUCGAGUUCAAGGGCCCGCAAUACUGGCUGAUGGUACUCAAACCAUUGUCGUUACACCUGGAGCGACUGCCUUGGUCAUUGAAACACACGUCGUGAUUGACAUUGGAAAAACAGAAGGUCAAAAUAAAACAGUCAAUGCCAAAGAAGUUGAUCCCAUUAUGCUAAGUAUCUUUGCCCAUCGUUUCAUGGCUAUUGCGGAACAGAUGGGUCGGGCGUUACAGAAGACUAGUGUCAGUACCAAUGUCAAGGAAAGACUGGAUUACUCGUGUGCUUUGUUCGACUCUACAGGUGGCCUUGUUGCGAACGCGCCUCAUCUACCCGUCCAUCUCGGAAGCAUGUCGACCUGUGUCACGACCCAAGCAGAAAUAUGGAAAGGCAAGCUGAAGCCGGGAGAUGUUAUCGUGUCGAACCACCCAGAAUUUGGCGGUACUCAUUUACCAGAUAUCACAGUCGUCACUCCAGCUUUCAAUGGCGAGGACAUCAUCUUCUACGUCGCAUCUCGAGCUCAUCAUGCAGAUAUUGGCGGUAUUCUGCCCGGAUCAAUGCCUCCACACUCUCGAGAACUGUUCCAAGAAGGAGCGGCCAUCAAGUCAGAAAAGCUUGUAUCCGAGGGCAAAUUCAACGAAAAAAGGAUAACCGAGUUACUCUACGAUGAGCCAGCACAAUAUCCAGAUUGCAGCGGAACACGAUGCCUGGCGGAUAACCUCAACGAUCUAAAAGCGCAGAUCGCCGCCAACCAGAAAGGUAUCAACCUGAUCAGCGCACUGAUAGAAGACUACGGAGAGGAAGUCGUCCAGUUCUACAUGCGUAACAUCCAAGAUAAUGCUGAGCUAAGCGUUCGCAAUCUCCUCAAGGACGUCAGCAAGAGAUUCGAAGGCCAGGAUCUGACAGCUACCGACUACAUGGACGACGGUAGCCCAAUCAAACUCAAGAUCACCAUCGACCCCGGAGAGGGCGAAGCAAUCUUCGACUUCGCCGGCACCGGCCCAGAAGUCUACGGCAACACCAACGCCCCCGAAGCAGUCACCUACUCCGCCAUAAUCUACUGUCUCCGUAGUCUGAUCGAAGACGACAUCCCGCUGAACCAAGGCUGCCUCAAACCAAUCAAAGUGCUCAUACCAAAGAAAUCGUUCCUCUCGCCCUCCGACAAAGCUGCCGUCGUGGGCGGCAACGUCCUCACAUCCCAGCGCGUCACCGACGUCAUCCUGCUCGCCUUCACCGCCUGCGCCGCCUCCCAAGGCGACUGCAACAACCUCACCUUCGGCUUCGGCGGCAACCUCUCCACCUCGUCCUCCCCGACCAAAGGCUUCGGCUACUACGAGACCAUCGCCGGCGGCUCCGGCGCCGGUCCCACCUGGCACGGCACCAACGGCGUGCACACGCACAUGACCAACACGCGCAUCACCGACGCCGAAGUCUUCGAGCGCCGCUACCCGGUCACGCUGCGGCAAUUCAGCCUGCGCGCCGGCAGCGGCGGCAAGGGCCAGCACCGCGGCGGCGACGGCGUCGUCCGCGACAUCGAAUUCCGCAUCCCGGUCCAAGUCAGCAUCCUCAGCGAGCGGCGCGUGUACCACCCGUACGGGCUGUCCGGCGGCGAGGACGCCGCCUGCGGCAUCAACUACUGGGUGCGGCAUGUGCGCAAGGGGGGACGUGGCGACGAUAGGGAGGAGUGGGAGGAUCGGUGGAUCAAUCUUGGGGGCAAGAACACGGCGGCGAUGGAGAAGGGGGAGAGGAUCGUGGUGUGCACGCCUGGGGGUGGCGGGUGGGGGAAGGUCGGGGGGAGAGCAAGGCUGUCACGAAGAAGGAUGAGCGCGCGACGUGGAGGAAAGGGAGUGUGGCGCAGAGGAUGGAGGCGCAGGAGACGGCGUAGUGGGAAGGGAGGGGAUUUGUGUGCGCCGUGGAAAACUUUGAUCUUUGCCGCGACCAUUGCUGCGGCUGUCGUCCCGCCAUCCGAUGGGAUCAACCAAACCGGCUUUCACUACAAUCUCACCAACGCGGCAAGAUUGGGAGACAUAGACCCCCGCUUCACUACCGAUUACCGACAGGGGCAAGCAAGGCUCUCGGCUACAUCAUGCCUCAUGAACGCAGCCAACGCCAUGAUGGAGCUAGCACUCGAAAACUUCACGGAGUCAAUUCGCCCUCGAAAUUACAUGGAUCCUGGCUAUCCCGAGGUCGUAGUCGUGCCUAUGACGAUGGCGCCAGGGCAAGGGAUAGAAGCGCGGUAUCUGUUGUGGGGUGUAUGGAAAGGAAUAAGGUGGAUGAUCAGCCACCAGAGUUUCCGGGACCUCGUGAUCGGUGCAUACUGGGACGGGAUCCUGGUAUGCAGAAUUUGGAUGAAAGGGAGGCAAUUAAGUAUUGCUGGAAGCAAUGAUACUCUGGGCCUCACAGCGCGGUCAGAAAAGAUGUCCAUUCGCAACGCCACGGUAGAAUUUACGCAAGACUUGAGCAAAUCGGACGUCAGAAAUCCAUUGAACGACCAGCAUCUGACAGUAUCGGUGACCCAGGUUGGGGAAAUGCUUGGUAUCACGGAAGUCUUCGUCGCAAUUUUUGCGACUUUGGAAUAUAUUGCUCAGUUUCCAAGCACUGAUCGAGUGGUCGGAUUCCAGAUUUCUCCAGACGAUGAAGACACAACGAUUGGAUUCCUGGGUCAUCCUCGGGCUCCUGCGGUCAGAACACCAUCCUUGGAGUACCAGUGGGUCAUCCUGAGCGUAGGACAGAUUCCUGGGUAUUUGUUACAGCAGAGGAGGUUCACGGAAGUGAUUAUCGAGAUUGCUGUAGACGGAGUCCCGCUUGGGGAAGGAUUCAUGUUCAAAUAA